UACUGCAAAUUGUCAACCAUAAUGCAUUGCGCAUAAAUGGCCGCCAUGUUGCUGCCGUCUGAAAGAUGUUCACAUCUGUCUGUGUUUACUAAUGGAUUUUAACAACUUAAACAGCAAAAUUACUGUGUUUGUGAAAUUGUAGUCAUUCGAGUCGGACGGCAUAAUGGCUGACAAUCUGAUUCAAAAGUCACAUAAAACUAGUGAAAAAAACAAGUAUAACAACGUAGUCCAUCGUACCACGAGUGAAUCUCUGCGACUGAACGAGUCAGAGAAAGGAGUGACUCACCCGACGAGUCUUCAAUCCACCCAUAACCCAAGGAAAAUAUCUUCCUUUCAGAUAACCAGUGUGACUGUUGGCUCUCGGGUGAGCACAGAUGCAGGCGAAGACUCAGCUGACGAUCUAGACGAAUCUCACACCGACGACAUCUCAAGGGUCACCGACAUAGAGAAUGAAACUCCGAGCUACUCAGAAGACACCUUUUCAAAAGACGACGUUUUUUAUAACGCGUCGAGUGCAUCACUAGGUUGUGCUCCAGUCAUUCCGACCAGUUCGCAAUACGGUCUUGCGAUCGUCGGCCAGGAACCUAACACGAAUCAAAUAGUAGGAGCGGUGCCAAAUAGUAAUAACACAGAAGUUAAUGACACGAUGCACGUCAGUGUCACGACUGCCGGAACGGGCAGCAUUAUCAACCUCUUAGGCAACUCUAAACCUCAAGAAGGCAUGAAGGAGAUUCAGGAACACGUUAGAAAUGAAAGGUUUAAAGUUGUGAAAAUCGAAAGUACCGAACCUUUCCGCCGGGGCAGAUGGAUGUGCAUGGACUAUCUUGAUCAUACCACAAGUCAACAAAAUGCCCCAAUUACACUCAAUAACAACUUAGAAGUGACCGAAUCAAAUACACUGCAAGCUCCAGAUAGUGGCGUUGUGAUAAAUGAUAGUCAACAUGAUGAGAUGUGUAAUGAUCUGACUAACAAGGGGCCCAAAGAUCAAGUUAAUACAGUUCAGCAAAUGGAUCAAGGUGUCCAGAAACAAUUUCCUAUGGCUUCCCCUGGGCAAUCAUUGACCCAACCUAUUAAUAUAGUUCAACAACAAAUACCUGUCAACCAAUCUGUGUCUGUGCAAUCUCCUCCUCUAGAGAUGCCUCAACAGAUGCCAAAUCAAACUAUGCAAUCAUCCCAACAAGUUGGUCAACAACAUCCACAAAGUAUGACACAUAUCACUAUGCAAAAUACAGCACAGAACCAUCCUCAGCCUACGCAACCGCAACAAGUUCAACAAAUUCCACAGAGCUUUCCUCAGCACCAGUUACAACAAGUUAUUGCACAGUCGCAGGGUAUAGCCAUGCAGCAAAUACCUAUGCACCAACAAAUGCCACAGCAGAUGCAGCCAAUUCCUAAUCAGCAAAUGCAACAGAUUGGUCAACAUUUGCCUCAAGCUCAGCUCACUAAUAUGCAAAUUCAGCAGCAGAUGCCACAGAUGCAAGGUAUACCUAAUCAAGGACAAUUAACUCAAGUGCCUGGUCAGCAACCACAAAUGCAGCAAAUUCAGAUGCAACCUAUGCAAAGUCAACCGAACCCACAACAAAUCCAUCAAAUGCAACAAGCGCAGAUACCGAAUAUUGGACAGUCUCAUCACCUACAAGGCCAACAAACUAUGGGUACCCAACAAGCCCAACUUCAACAUUUGUCUAGUCAGGCCCAAAUACAAGCCCUGCAAAAUCAGCAGUUGCCAAAUCACAUACAACAAAUGCAAAUACCUACUCAAUUAACUGCCACCAAUCAGCAGUUAUCACAAAUGCAAACUCAAAUGCACCAACUGCCAUCACAGCCUCAACAAUCAGUGGUGCCUGGGAUACAUCCACAAAUGCAACAACAAGGCAUGGCUGUUGCUCAAACGCAAUAUAAUCAAGCAGUAAACCAACAACCAAAUCCUCAGUCAAUGAUCACUGCAACCAUUCCAUCAUCUCAGCAGCCAAUGGUCCAAACUCAACACAAUGUACCCCAAUAUCAUACCCAGCAAUCUCAGAUGUCACAACAGGGGCAGACUUUGCCUCAGGAGGUGCUGACUAGUAUCGUAACAUCACAACAAGGUGCAACACUUCCAACCAAUUUACAACCAAUGGUUACUCAACCCCAGGGCUCUACUUUACCUGCGAAUCUCCAAAGUCUGGCUGGGCAACAACAAGCUCCUGUACACAAUAUGGCACCACAACAAGGAAGUGUAUCUCAAGGAAAUAUACAAAUUAUGACUGCUGCACCCCAAAGUAUGCAAAUGACUCUAGACACUAAUCAACCGAGCAUGCAAAUACCUCCUUCAGAUACCAUAUACAUGCAGCCACCCAAUGUAGGACAACAAAUGCCUACACAUAUGUCGCAGCCUCAAACUAUGUUGCAGCAACAAGUAAGCGGUCAGGGGCAAAUGGGUGGUGUGCAGUAUGUUCCUAAUCAAUCGGUGCCACAAGUAUCAAUGGCACACCAAAACAUUCCGAUGUCCAUGCAACAGACCAUGCCAGUCGGAAUGGGGGGAGGUGUUCAUGCGAAUGUGGUGCAAUCUCAGACAAGUAUGGGUAUGGGCUAUGGUGGGGUGGUGCCAGUGAUGUCGCAGAAUAGCGUUGCGCCUGUUGAAGCAACUGUGUCCGGGACUAAUUCACCGGUUGUUUCAAUGCCUGUGAACUCAACCACGUAUGUGUCGAACAAUGUACAGCCUGGACAUGAUAGUCAGGGCUUCGGUAGCCCAGUCAGUGCGGUGGUGUCUCAUGCUAUAAGUGGAGCAGUGAUGAGCAAUGUGAAUGUGAGUGAUAGUAGUGCACUGGAUGUGGCCCAAGAUGGACUGCAAGCUGGUGACAGCGCGGAUGGGAAGGAAGAAUCGCAGCCUGCGCCACCUCCUGAGGAUGAAAGAUUUUAUGAUUGUUUGCAAACCUGUACAUCUCCAAUCUACGGGCUGGCGUUGGCGCUGGGUGGCAGCAGUUCCGGCAGCCCUACGACAGCGUCGGACGCGCGUGAUUCCACCACUGCUUCCCGCGCGCCUUCACCACCGCCCUCCGACAGACAGCAACAUUCAAGCGCAUCGGGUACAAGCGCCGUGGCCAUCGAUAACAAGAUCGAGCAAGCUAUGGAUCUGGUUAAGAGCCACUUGAUGUUUGCGGUGCGCGAGGAAGUGGAAGUCCUCAAGGAGCGCAUCGCCGAACUUAUGGAGAGGAUUAACCAGCUCGAAGUGGAGAAUAGCUACCUUCGCGCGCACGCCAGCCAGGAUACGUUGGCUCAGUUACCGGCCGCGGGCGCGAAGCCUCCGCCGCAGCCCCAAGGCCCGCAGCCCCCGGUGUCGUAGACCGGCGCCCGGAGCCUGUGACCCCGCCCACCAGCUCCGGCCUUGUUAUUAUGGCUGUGCUAUGUUAAUUCGUGCGUUAACAAGGGCCGCGCUGCCCGUCGAACCGGCCGCCGUGAGCCGUUUGCGUCUAGUUAACCCGUCGACGCUGCCCAACUGCGGCCCCAAGACAUCGCCCCGGUCGCCGAGCCUCUCGUACUAUUAUGCUUGGAAUUAUAGAAAUAUACAUUUUUCUGUUAUUUAAUCUUUAGGGUGUAAAAUCGUGCUAUCCGCCGCGCUUUAGCUACGCGUCGCGGCAACGAGCCCGUCUAGUUGACGAUGUAUGGCAAUAUUUCUCUUUGGUUAAACGUCUAGACAUCGCUAUCCAUAACGUAUUCCAUAUAAGAAAGUAUUUCUUAAGUCUUCUGUUUAUAGCGAUAUAAAAAUAUUUGAAUAUAUCUACACAUUGAACAAUGACUGUUAAUUUAUUUUCUAUAAUUUUAUUAGGUACCCUAAUUUAAGUUAUUUAUCGAGUUCUAUCGUGUAACAUUUGAAAAUGACAUUGUUGUGUUAUGUGGACUCGGUCCGUACGAGCCCGGGUGCGUUCGAUUCACCCGUCGCCGAGGGCCAGCUGCCGAGAUGAACGGAAUGACUCAAUAGAUUGAACUUUUUUCUAAUUGUUUCUUAACUUUAUACGACAGAUAUAUAAAGGCUUUGGUUGGUUGGACGUAUACGAAUAAGAUUCCUUCAUCUCCGCUGUAUGUUUCUAGUUUUCUAUAUUAACCCUGAAAUAUAGCUGCCAAAUAAAUAAAUUAUCGAAAUCAAGAGUUUUUCCUAAAAAAAGAAAAAAACUACAUUGACAUAUUGUAAUUAAUUUACUAAAAAUCUUGUUCUUGUUGAAUUACAGAUGUCAUCUCUAUUAACUUUAGAUCAAAUUAUGAGGUCACAGUCGAAUCGAAAAAUAAUGAGCAAUUUUUUUCGACACGUAAAAUCCUCGGCAACUAAGCCUUCAUUAUCGAUCAGUAUUUAAUACUUUGUAAUAAAACUAAAAAAGAUAUAUGUUCAUCGCCCCAAGAAUAAUGAUCUGUUUAGAAGUUCUUGAAUGUGUGGAUUUGUCAUUUAGUUAUACUUUUAAUUGUUACAGUUAAUAUAAUGUUUGGAUGUAUUCAUCUGUAAUUGAUGUUAGUGUAAUAAGGCGUUAAUUAGUCGUUGCGGGGAGGUAGCCUCGUCUACGCUGGCUUUAGUGAAUUUGCACGCUGAAACUAAAAAAAAAAAAAACUAUUUCUAUUCCAGCCUUAUACUUAUACGAAUAGAACUUAUAGCGAUUUAACAUUGUAUUUUUUUUAAUGAUUAAAAUUGUUUGUAUAUAGUACAAGUUGUAAUAGAAUCGUGAGUCGGAAUGUAAAUAAUGAGAGUGUUUGAAGGCAAGAGUCUUGUCAAGGAAGGAUGUAGGACGCUCCGCGAGAUGUGUCUAAUAUAAGAAAAUGAAAAUGCUGUAUUUAAAACGCUUUACCGUUUAUAGUUGAUUAAUCGAACAAAGUGGCUGAGUCUGGCGUAUCGUAUAUAUUGAAUUGAUUUAUUAAUAUUCUAUACGAUGGCAGCCCAGCGACUGUUACUAUCGAUAGAUUAGUUUUGUACAAGGCAACGUAUGUGUAUAGAAGUUUUAUGAUGUCGUCUUUAUUAUUGUGAAUAUGCAGUAAUUUACUCCAUUAUUAGAUUAACAAUAUAUGAUUCUGAUAUUGUAAAUAUACUGUAAACAGAAUGUCCAAUAUAGCUUAUGUUGACCAGAAGGUUCCUCGUACCCAAUAAAUGCAAAAUUAAUA